AUGUCGGAGCCGUGCGAGUUUACCAUGGCCGCUACGGAGCCUGUGCCUACUACGAUGUCGACCGAGGAGCUUGCGCGCGGUCUUCUCGAGCGGCUAGCCGCAGGUGGCAAGCUAUCCCAUACCACUUCCACGAGUCUGACCACCGCUCUCGCAUCUGCGAUCUCCUACAGACCCGAGUCCAACACAACAGCAGCCCACGACGUCUUCCACAUCCCCGAGCUCCUCGAAUCAAUCCUCAUCAACAACAAUCUCACCACCAUCACGACCUGCCAGCGCGUCUCACGGCAAUUCCAAGCGACCAUUGCCAGCUCCGCCAAGCUUCAAUGUGGAGGGAAGAAAAAGAGCAAGACCUUCAAACCCGAGCUCAACCCCCUCCUCUCAGACCCAACCUUCUGCACCCGCCACGCCAUCAACGCCUUCACCUACGAGCUCCGCGAAGACAAAGACUUCCGCCUCCUCAUCGACAUCACCUUCGGCACCCUCGCCCAGCUCCGCGCCCUGAAACCAGGAGGAUGGCAGAAGCUCCUCCUCGUGCAGCCAGCUUCGAAGAGGCUGGAUAGGUGGAAUUUGAGCUUCACAUAUGGGGAGGGGAAGUUUACGAGGUCGGUGGGCAGGGGGACGUGGUGGGAUGCGGUGACUUUGGGGGAGAUGGUGGAGGUGUUGUUGGAGAGGUGGGAGGAGUUGGAGGGCGAUCCGUGGAUGAGUGUGAGUGAGUGGGAUCCGGAGAGGAGGGAUGUGGGGAAGGGGAGGGAGCAUGGGGGGAGGAAGGUGGUGGCGAAGAGUGAGGAGCAGGGUGGUGCGGAGGGUGUGGAUUGA